UGUAAAUUACUCGGAAGAAACGCCCUUUCCACGCUCCAACGAGAACUACAAAAGCAGGUCUAUAUUCAUUUCUUAUCAACUUCCCUUCAACUGCAAGCAUCUUCCCACAAAUCGCGUUGACUCUCUUAAGACAACAGCCACAUCAACCAAGCCGACCGGCAAGGAUUCAACAAUAGAAAUGGUUAGACCGAACGAUCCCUUUUGGGAUUAUGUGGAGAAGAUGACCGGUGGUCUUUUGAGGUGCAUGUUUUGCGAGUAUAUAUUUGCUGUUGCUACUUCAAUAUCGAGGAUCAAAUCACAUUUCGCAGGAGUCAAACGGCGCGGAGUUAAUAUCUGUACAAAAGUGCCUAAAGAGAUUCAAGAAGCAUCCUAUUUAGCUAUUCAUGGCUCAAGAAAGAAACUUAAAACCAUGCCAAGUGAGGUAGCUAAUAAGUUUUCUACUUCUUCACUAGAAGAAAAGAAUGAAGUUGAAAUUCUUGCAAGGGAUAUAGAAGAGGUGCUGAUGGAAGCUGAAAGCUCGGAUGAAGUAGAGAGCAAGAGUCCUGCAGAAUUGAUCCAGUUUGUUGAAACUGGUAGCUCUGUUGAAGGGAAUGUUGCUGAUGUGCACGAGACUGGAGGAACUGCAUUGCCAAGAAUGGAUCUAGUUGGUCAAUCAAUUGAAAAAGACUGGCAAGAGAUAUUUGAUUUGUCAAAGGAGAACGAUGAUUUGAAUUGUAGCAGAGAGGACAUGGCUGGAGAUCUGAUUCAGGAAGGGUUACAUGAGACUAGAGGAGAUGCAUUGCUGACAACGGAGCUAGUGGGUCAAGCGUUUCAAAGAAAUACGGAUGAGAUUUGGUCUUUGUUAAAGAAGGAGCAGGUUUUAACUAUUGGUGUUUGUGGAAGGGGAGGGAUGGGCAAAACAACACUGGUGAUGCAUAUCCAUAAUCUGCUUCUGAAAAUACCAAACUCUUUUCAUCAUAUUUAUUGGAUUACUGUAACACAAGAUUUUAGCAUUUAUAAGUUGCAGAAUCUGAUUGCCAAAAACAUUGAUUUAGAUCUUUCAAAUGAAAAAGAUGAGAAGAGUAGAGCUGCAAAACUUUCAAAAGCAUUUUUAACAAAACAAAAAUCUGUGCUGAUAUUAGAUAAUUUGAGGAAUCAUUUUGAUGUGGAGAAGGUGGGAAUUCCUAUCAGAGGGAAUAAAUGCAAGUUGAUUUUUACAACUCGAUCACUAGAUGUUUGUAAAUGGAUGGGCUGCCCAGAGUACAUGGUCAAUGUGGAGCCUCUUUCUGAGGAAGAGGCUUGGAGCUUGUUUGCUAAGGAACUUGGGAAUUUUGAUAUCAAAGUGGGACAUUUGGCAAAAUUUCUUGCGAGUGAAUGUGCUGGUUUUCCACUCGGGAUUAAAACAACGGCGAGAAGCAUGAGGGGGGUGGAAGAUGUUUACGCGUGGAGGAAAACAUUACAGGAAUUGGAAGGAUUGAAACGUACAAAAGGAAGCAUGGAACUCGAUGUGUUUCCGAUAUUGGAAUUUAGUUAUUUACAUUUGAAUGAUUUAUCAUUGCAACGAUGUCUGUUAUAUUGUGCGUUGUUUCCAGAGGAUUGCAAGAUCAACAAAAAUGACUUGAUAGAGUAUUUGAUUGCUGAGGGAAUAAUAGAAGCUAGAGGGAGCAGGCAAUCCCAAUUUGAUAACGGCCACUUCAUGCUUGAUAAACUUGAAAAUGCCUGCUUAUUGGAGAGCUUUAUAACUGAAGAUUAUGGAUAUGUCAGGAUGCAUGACUUGAUUAGGGAUAUGGCCCUCCAAAUUAUGAAUUCAAGAGCAAUGGUUAAAGCUGGUGUUCAAUUAAAAGAAUUCCCAGAUGAGGAGAAAUGGACCGAGGGUCUUAUGCAUGUUUCAUUAAUGAGAAAUGACAUCGAGGAAGUUCCACCAAACCUUUCGCCAAGGUGUACCAAUCUGGCAACCUUGUUGUUAUGUGGAAAUCACAAACUGGAAUUGAUCACAGAUUCUUUUGUCAAACGAUUCUGCCUGCUCCAGUUUCUUGACCUCUCUUUUACUGCUAUAAAGGAAUUGCCAGGUUCCAUCUCUGGUCUUGUGCAUCUAGAUGGAUUAUGGCUGAGGGGCUGUAACAAGCUGAGACAUGUACCAUCAUUAGCAAAGCUCAGGAAACUGAAGAUGCUGAAUUUCAGUAAUGCUCCACUUGAAGAGGUGCCUCACGGUAUAGAUUCGCUUUUCAAAUUGAGGUAUCUUAAUCUCGACGGGACUACACUCAAGGAAUUUUCUGCCACUAUGUUUUUUAAUCUCUCUAAUUUACAAUUCCUCCACCUGCACCAGUCUUUAGGAGGUCUCAGAGCAGUUGAAGUAGAGGGAGUAGCAGGCUUGAGAAAGUUGGAAUCUUUGAAAUGCCAUUUCUAUGAUCUUGUUGGUUUCAACAAGUAUCUUAAAUCUCAAGAAGAGAGGCAACCGUUAUGCACUUACGAUAUCAAAAUAGGACAGCUAGGUGACAAUGUCUUUACAGAUUUUAUGCUUCCUCCAAUCUCAAAGAAAGACACAAAUAAAGAAGUUCGGUUAUACAACUGCAAUAUUGGCGAUAGAGGAGAUUUUCUAGCACUUCCUGAAGGCAUACAGAAACUGGUGAUUGCUAAAUGCCAUGAUGCCAGAAACUUAUGCAACGUACAAGCAACUGGACUGAAGUCUUUUGUAAUUUCUGAGUGCCAUGGUGUGGAGUUCCUGUUCACGUUGUCCAGCUUUUCCACUGAUAUAGUUAAAAGCGUCGAAACUCUUCAUCUUUACUGGUUGAAGAACUUACUUGCCCUCUUCGGCAGAGAAGGAACUGCUUUACAACCAUUCCCAUCUAUUGGUACCUUUUCUUGUCUCAGAGUAUUUGAUGUGUUUAAUUGUCCAAGUAUAAAAAAGCUGUUUCCUUCUGGCUUGCUACCGAACCUCAAACACCUCGAAGUAAUUGAAGUAGAAUUUUGUGACAAAAUGGAGGAGAUAAUAGCGGCAGAAGAAGAAGACGAAGGCGGGAUUAUGGGUGAAGAAAGAAACAGCAGCAGCCGUUCCAUUGAUGCCAGUGUGGAAUUCAGGCUGCCAAAUUUGCGGCUACUAAAAUUGAGAAAUUUAUCGGAGCUAAAAAGCAUUUGCAGUGGGGUAAUGAUUUGUGAUUCUCUCCAAGAACUUGAUGUUGUUUACUGUUUGAAGCUGAAGAGGUUACCAUUCUCUCGUGCCCUGCUAAAAUCAAUUCGAAAAAUCCCGUCGUAUCCAGAAGAAUGGUGGGAGCAAGUGGAAUGGGACAAGUGCAGUGCAAAGAACAUCCAUCAACCCCCUCCCUGAUGCUGUUGAGCGAGAGGUUACAUAAACUGCCUGGCCAUUGGAUUCACGCUUCUUCAAAUACGUUGAGGAAUUGCGAAGAAAGCUUUUGGAAUGGCAGGUGCCAAGUUGAUAGCUAACGCUAUGUGCUCAGCAUCUUUAUGUAUUUUUUAUUCUCAUUUAAUGAUAGUUUCUGCACUUUAACUAUUGAUGUUGAGACUGUCGCACAUUGAGAU